GCAUCAAAAGAGCCAGAGAGGAACAGGUCGCCAUCGACACACCAUAUGGCGCUUUGAUCGACAAUAUGCAGAUCAAAGACAAGAAGGGAAAGGAACGGAGUUUCCCAACAUUGAAUCUGAAAGCCUGGAUGUGGUACGUCGUCAAGAACCUGCUUGUUAGUUUUUUCAGCAGGAAGUUCCUGGAACAUCCGCCCAAGGCAAACACACCUUGGCGGGUGUGUUUAUAUUGUGAUGAGAUAUCUUCGGGCAACCAACUAAAGCAGCAAAACAGACGGAAGAUCCAAGCCUACUACCUUUCCUUCCAUGAAUUCGGGGCAGAGUUCCGUUGCCAAGAACAAAUGUGGUUCACGGUGGCUUUGGCGAGGUCCCAUCUGGUGAACCAACUUCCUGGCGGCCUUUCGCAGUUCACCCACCACCUCCUGCAAGCACUGAAGCUUGAGGACUUCGAGCAUGGUUUGCUUCUGGACUCGGGCGGUGAACGAGUUAUGUUCUUCGCCAAACUGGACACCACGGUGGCAGAUGAAGCUGCCUUGAAGGCAGUUUUUAAUGUGAAGGGCUCUUCAGGGACUCUACCAUGUCCUUUGUGCUCCAAUGUUGUUGCCAAGACGAGCAUGCUGGAAUGCUGUGACAACACUGGGACACUGGUAGCUGUGCACGAAACUGCUCUGGAGAAUUUUUGUGCAAGAACGGACAAUACCAUCUGGCAGGGCUGCAGGUUACUGCGAGACCGAUGUGGCCAAGUCUCCAAGAAGGCUUUUGAGCAGCUGGAGCAGUUACUGGGGAUGAACCAUAACCCAGAUGGUGUCCUGUUCCAUGGGAGCUUGCCUUUGGCCUCCACUUUGAUGUACGACUGGCUACACUGUUACUUGGUAGCAAGACUGAUGCACGUGGAGCUGGGGCUUUUGUUCCCCAUACUCUACUCCCACGGUAUGACAGUGGAAAGUCUGAAAGACUGGAUGUGUUCCUUCGAAUGGCCCCACGGCUUGAGGACACACCGCAACGAGACACUGAGGAUUUUCGACAAGAGAAUUCCCCCUGGCGAGUUCAAAUGUAGUGCCUCUCAAGGUCUGAACCUGUACCCAUUGCUGCGACUUUUCUUGCUCAGUCUUGCAACAGGAAGCAUUCCAGAUUUACUGGCAAAGGCGAUGACCAGUUGUUUGAAUUUGUUUCUCGUCCUGGAUCUCUUGCUUAAAGGGAACCGGGGAGAGCAGGUGCCACCAGACGAUUUGGAGGCCGCCAUCCUCAAACACUGCCGGGCAUUUCUCAGUGCAUGUGGCUCCGAGCAUGUUGUGCCUAAAUUCCACUAUAGCCUGCACCUUGGCGCUUUUGCUCGAAAGAAACCGCUGAUUUCCUGCUUCACUCACGAAAGAAAGCAUCGCCAAAUCAAACAGCUGGCAAACGAGAUUCACAACCCUGGAGACUGGUUUGAGAAAUCCGUCUUCAGAGACGUGUGGGGCGAAGUGAUCCUGCAGAUGCAAGCGGACUCUUUCAGUCUGCAGCCCCAUCUGCUGUCACCCAAGAAAGCUACGAUCUCUUUGCAGGCCAUGUUGAAUGCAAACUUCGGCGAUCGAGCAUGCGGUGCGACUGUUUCCUUUCAGGCCGUUUGCAGGCCGGGCCAGAGCUGCGAGAAAGGUGAUCUCGUGCUGCUUUCUUCUGGUGAUGUGGUCCAAGUGGGGCUGCAUUGCCGCCUGUAUGACGGGGACAUGUGCACUUUGUGUAGCAUUCUGAAGCCUCUGGGUAAGAAUCGCUUCCUCCUGGACGAUUCCACGGCUCGGUUUAUUCCGAGUGUCCACAUUCCAGAGGGCAUGCUACUAUAA